GCGCGGUCAGCGAACGUGCGGCCAGACACCAGUCGCGACCUGCUGCUCUGCACAUCUGGGUGCUGAAGAAUGCUCGCGCCGAUGUGCUGCGCGCCACCUGGGCCGAGUACCGACCGGCGCGACUGCAUCAGCUGCGGCUGCUGCACAACGCACUCUCCUGCUUCGAGUAUAAGGGUGGCCGCCAGCCGCCGCUGGCCUCCCAGGCGACGGGGCGCGGGCCCACGCGCGCCGUCGAGGCCAAGUCGAGGCUGGAGGACAUGCUGCUGGGCGGCGGCUCGGCACGCAGCGAGCUGAUCCGGCGCCGGUCUCAGCACCAGCAGCCGGCCGCUACGCCGGACCGUCUGCGCUGGCGCAAGGAGCAGACGGCGCCCCAGUGGCGGCAGGAGGAGCGCGCCGACGGCGUCGCCGAGCCGGCCGAGCCGGCCGCCGAGCGCUGUCUCUCGGCAGAGGCCAGCAUGGUGGUGUUGGACGCCCUGGAGACGCUCAUACAGGUGCUCUCCAGCCAGGACAGCCUGCACGGCCUGCUUGGCAUGGCGUUCCGCGUGCUGCUGCACGCUCUCUCCUGCAACCAGAGCACCGCCGUCAUCGCCAAUAUGCUGGCCACCCAGCGCUCCCUAGUCACAAAGUACCCGUCUCUGCUGUUUGAUGAGGAGACGGAGCACUGCGCCGACCUGUGCCUGCGACUACUGGAGCACUGCAGCAGCACCUUCUCCAGUACGCGCAGCCAAGCUUCCGCCUCGCUCUACCUGCUCAUGAGGCAAAACUUUGAGAUUGGCAAUAACUUUGCCCGUGUCAAGAUGCAGGUGACCAUGUCGCUCAGCUCGCUGGUCGGCACCAGUCACAACUUCAGCGAGGGCUUCCUGCGCCGCUCUCUGAAAACCAUCCUCGAGUACGCCGAGAGCGACCUCGAGCUGGCCGAGACUACCUUCCCCGGACAGGUGUCGGACCUGGUGUUCAACCUGCACAUGAUCCUCUCAGACACAGUAAAAAUGAAGGAGUUCCAAGAGGAUCACGAGAUGCUGCUUGACCUGAUGUAUCGCAUCGCCAAGGGCUACCAGAACUCGCCGGACCUGCGGCUCACCUGGCUCGACAACAUGGCCAAGAAACACACAGAGCGCGGCCAGUUGGCCGAGGCCGGUAUGUGCUACGUGCAUAGCGCUGCGCUUGUCGCCGAGUACCUGAGUAUGCUGGAGCCGAAAGCGUACCUGCCGCUCGGAGCGGCUGCCUUCGAGGACAUCUCGCCUAACGUGCUGGAGGAGAGUGCAG